GGACGACAGCUAUAGUCUUGUCUGUGCUGUAUAUUGGUCAAUGGGGCAACGAUAUUCACAACAGGUCACACGACGUUCGUUUAGUCCUCACCAAGAGAAAUGACUCAACGAUAUGUGCCGACUUUUUUCAAUGGUCACUUGACAUUUACCCCAGUUCUUAAUUUGCAUAAACAGCAAAUUCUAUCUGUCAAUAGGAUUACAACAUGUAAAAAACUGACAUAAAUCUUCUUUGAGAGAGAAGAUAGGGCAAAAAUAAUUUUUUUUUCAAAACUUAUAUCAUGUUUGAUAUAUAUUUCACGUUGUCAAUUAUGAUAUUUAUUUUGUUCGUACUAAUAUUUUAUUGUUUCGCUAUAGUUCUCCAUACGCUGCGGUACAAUUUUUAAGGAAUGCAGGACUUCCUGCAUUCCUUAGAAUAAUACGUAAUAAAAGUAUUCCGUCGUUCGAACAUUUAUCUUACGGUUUGAAGGUGUAUCGUGAAUCUCUUCCUCGAAAAGGAUGGGAGCGGCAUUCACCGCUUAUGUGCCAUCACCGCACCUGCGAUAUAAAAGCAGCCUCCGUUACCGCGCGCUUAGUUUCGUUCCAAAGUGGCCGAGCUGUGGAAUAACACUUUCAACAUGCAAUUUCAAACGGCAGUGUUGGGUAUAUUACUUCUGGCGGUCACGAUCUUGGCCUAUCCGCAGAAAGACGGGCAGAUCUUCAGCAACGAGGCGAUACGGCAAGCUCAGAAUACUUAUCUCAUCCCUAAGGAUGCAACUAUACAAAAGGUACAAGAAGGCAUCGAACUGGCAGCCUACGAGUCGAUUCCUGGAGAUCAAAGGAUCAAUCUCUUCGAGAUCUUGGGUGAACAUGUGCCACCCGAGGUGGUUAAUAAUCUCCAGGCCCAGAUCGAUCAAAUAGGUCGAAAUUAAAUUUGUUCUUUAGACAAUCAUCGUCAUCGUCAUCGUCGUCGUGUAAAAAUUAUCAUACUCCAAGUCCCGUUCUUGUAAGGAGAGAAAAAGAAAAAAAAGAGAGAGAGGGAGAGAGAGAAAAUGAUAUUUAUGGAUGAAAUGAUUAUUUUGUACCUUGCUUUUUUAUAUCUCUGUAAUAUAAAUUUUUUCUAUGUAGAAUAAUUUUUCGUAAAUAAAUGUAUAGAAAAACCAAACUUAUGCGUAUCAUCUGCCUGUAAUUUACAUUCACAUAUUCUCGCAAUACUCGCAAAUAAAAAGCAACUUACAACACUCUUACUUGACAUCAGUAUUGCGAGUAUAGAAAAGAAUAUUUAAAAUAAAAUAUCAAAAUGUACAUUUUAUAGCAAGAUAAUACACAAUGCUCGUCCUUCACAAUUUAUGAUACGUAUCGGUAGUUUCAAGACUUAAUUUCCAUCGAAAUCGAUAUAUCUUUAAAACGCAGUUCGCUUCGAAAUUAAUCACGUAUUCUCCCAAAGAUUCUUCAGAUUGAAUUAUGUAUGCCGUUAGCAGUGUAUCGUAGAGAAAGUUGCAGAACUACUCGUCGAAGAAGUGUACUUUCACUUCUAUUCACCGUGUUGUUAACUCUUCGAGUCUGUUAUUUACAGUAUGGUAAAGCUAUGCCGGGAAUUUUAGUACAAUCAAGGCACAAUAGGAUUAUGAGAUCAUAUUUUUCGUUGUCCGCUCCGUUAAUUUUAUUGUCUUAUUAUUGUAAUACAUCAACAUGCUCUCGAACAAGGUCUCGAUUCAUACCUCUGUAAAACUUUCACUUUCUUUCAUAUGUACAACCUCUCGUAAAUGGAAUAAAUGAAAUAAAUCUGCUAGUAAUGUCAUUAUAUAACAAUGUACAGUUUGAUCAUUUUGUUGCGUUAUUUAUAAAAGCUUAAUAAAAAA